UCCAGGUAUUUAAAAAACAGCCUCAUAAUAGUCAUCGGAGCAGGACCAGGAGGGUUAAAAGUCCCACGACCAAAAGAGUCACGCAGGACCUUUCGGAUCUUUGAUGCACCCUGUGCUUCUCUCAGGGGCACCCCUGGAACCCUUCAUUUUUACUGUGCUGUAAAACUGGCCAUAAAGCUCUGCAUUGUAUAUAAUUGUUAGGGACAGCUUUCAAUAACCGAGCUGUCAUAUGGGUUGUUGUUAAGUUCACACACGCAGCCCUGGACCUAUAGAUGCAGGAACGAGGGGUCAUUAUGCAAGAUUCAAUAAGGGAUCUGAAGGUUUUACGUAACCCCCCCCUGCUGCAUCACCUUCUUCUCUAUUCUGGUCGCUUAAAAACUAAAACAAAAUAUACGACAGCCUGGUCGGACUGGGAGGAGUCUGGAGUUGCCUGGUGUUUUAAUUGGCUGCAGGCUACAGAGAGAAGCGUGAGUAUCAGUAAUUAUUCAGCAAUGUUUUUGCACAAGAAAUGUCCGCCAGAAAGGGCUAUCUUCAUCCUCCGUCGAAUUAUACCACAACGAUGACAUGCCCCAACAACCAAGCAGGGAAUUCGUUUUUCGUGGACUCUCUAAUAAACGUGAGAACCGACAGCGGUUCGUAUUACCAAAGUAACGGGGUGUAUUUGCCUCCUGCGUCGGAAUAUACCUAUGGACUCUCCGGUGGCUCCUGUUUCCCGGGGAUCGGUAAGCGCAACGAGCCGAGCACGCAGAGCGUGAUCCCGUCCUCUGCUCCGUAUGUCCAAGGGAUGGAAACGUGGCUGGAAACGUCGAGAUCUUGCCGGGUGGAUCAACCCGGCGGGCACCACAUGGGCCAGUGUUCAUUCUCACCGAAUAUCAAAGAGGAGAGCGCGUACUGCCUUUACGAGUCUGACAAGUGUCCCAAAGGACGAACGGUGGAGGACCUUUCCUACUCGACUGCAUCGUGCCCGGUUACCGGCAGCACGUUACCGGUCCCGGGCUACUUCCGCCUCUCUCAGACAUACGCGUCCUCCAGGCUUUACCAUGACGUCCAGCCCAACGUGAAUCACUUUACCCUUCCACGACCUACCCACUUGGACAGCCAGCCCCAGACUGCUUCUGCUGAUCUGGAGCGGAGGGAGAGCCGCCAGGAGGCGCCUGUCCCCGAGCCUUGCGCCCCGGCUAAAGAGGAGGACAGCCGCCCCUCCACGGAGCGCUCAUCCUCCCCGGAGCCCGAAGAGACCUGCAGUGCGGAGUGUCCGGAGACGCCAGCCAAAGGAGAUGGAAAAACGGAAGGCACGGCCAACUGGCUCACAGCUAAGAGUGGUCGAAAGAAGCGCUGCCCCUACACCAAGCACCAGACUCUGGAGCUGGAGAAGGAGUUUCUCUUCAACAUGUACUUGACUAGAGAGCGUCGUCUGGAGAUCAGCCGCAGUGUGCACCUCACUGACAGGCAAGUCAAAAUCUGGUUCCAAAACAGGAGGAUGAAACUAAAAAAAAUGAGCCGGGAGAAUAGGAUCCGAGAGCUCUCCGGUAACUUUAGUUUCUCAUGAGACUGCUGCGACUUUGGCGCCCUCCUCCAUCUCUGGAAUGGGCGCCUGUGCAGAGCCCCCAAACCCAACUGUGAGAAUAUCCAUGGGAAAAAGGAUCCCACUGCUAACUUAUUGAUUGUUGUUCUUUCAUAUUUUCAAUUCCGUUUUUAUUUAAUCGUGAAUGUGUAUUUAUAAAUUGCUUCAUUUGUAACGUUGAUCCAUUGUGUUUAAUGGUGUGCAUAAUGUGACCACAAUGUUUCAGACCUUCAGGCUUGUACAUAUUGUAUAGUCACCCUGAGUGGACUUUGCAUGCAGGACUAACUCUUGGGAUACUUGUGUCACAUGUGAUAAAUGUAAUGUGACAGCAAAGGAGCCCGAGAGCUUUGAGGAAUAUUUGCACAUUUUUCUGGUCAAAAUAAUAAAAGCAUCCCUGCAACUGUA